AAACCAAACAAAAAUAAAUGAUAUCGUUUUCUUCAAAACUCAUUUUCAGCAGCCUACCCUUACGAAUCGCCAUCUCCAUACUCUCUCUAUCUCUCUCUCUCUCCAUUUACCGUUGCCCCAGUCAACACGAAUUAGCUCUACGAAAAACCCUAGAAAACUCCUCAAUCUUCAAUCAUACAAUCACACAUUUUCAAUUCAAUUCAAUUCUAUUUUAUCAGCGUAAUUCCUCAAUUUGUUCGAGCUGAAAAUUCGUAAAUAAAUUAGCUGGAAAAUAAUGUCGUCGGAAAUCGAGGUAGUUGAGGAAGAAGAAGAAGUCGCGCAAUCGAGAGAUCGAUCGACGACAACGACCGCGAAUACAAUUGGUGCAGCUUCAUCGUCGUCGUCAAUGGUGGAGAGAGAAAAUGAUGAGAGUUUGAAAGAUGAUGUUUAUACAGCUGCUGCAUAUGGUGAUAUGGAGAAACUUGAGAGAUUAGUGGAGAGAGAAAAUUGUUCAGUUUCUGAACCUGAUGCUCUUGGUUACUUUGCUUUACAGUGGGCUGCUCUUAACAAUCGUACUGCUGCUGCUCGUUACAUUCUUGAGCAUGGUGGAGAUAUAAAUGCAGUUGAUCACACUGGGCAGACAGCUUUGCAUUGGAGUGCAGUACGGGGAGCGAUCCAGGUUGCUGAGCUUCUCUUGCAAGAAGGUGCCCGAGUUAACGUUGCCGAUAUGUACGGUUAUCAGACAACACAUGUUGCAGCCCAAUAUGGCCAGACAGCUUUCCUUUAUCACAUCGUCAUGAAACGGAAUGCUGAUCCGGAUGUUCCAGAUAAUGAUGGAAGAAGUCCUUUGCACUGGGCAGCAUACAAAGGCUUUGCUGAUUGUAUACGUCUUCUUCUAUUUUUGGAUGCUUAUCGAGGACGACAAGAUAAAGAAGGUUGUACCCCACUUCAUUGGGCUGCAAUUCGGGGAAACUUGGAGGCUUGCACGGUUUUGGUACAAGCUGGUAAGAAGGAAGACCUGAUUGUGACAGAUAACACUGGGCUUACUCCAGCACAAUUGGCUGCAGAAAAGAAUCAUCGACAAGUUGCCUUUUUCCUUGGAAAUGCUCGGAGGUUACUAGACAAACGUUGGGAUUCGAACAGUCGGCUUGGGAAACUCUCAAAAUUAGGGCUUGCUCCUAUGUUGUGGUUUAUUAUUUUGCUGCUACUUGUUUUGUAUGCUCAUUCAGUCAUCUUGGAUAUGAAGCUUCCAAGGUUAACAGUGGGCUUUGGGCUUCUUGCAUGGCUUGGUUUUUUCCUAGCUACUGCUGGAUUAGUCAUGUUCUAUAGAUGUAGCAGAAAAGAUCCAGGUUAUAUCAGAAUGAAUGUACAUGAUGCUCAAAAUAUGAAGGAUGAUGAACCUCUAUUGAAGAUUGAGAUAGACAAUCCUGCUUUGCUGGCUGGAAAUUGGUCCCAACUGUGUACAACAUGCAAGAUAGUCAGACCUCUUCGUGCAAAACAUUGCUCAACAUGUGAUCGAUGUGUUGAACAAUUUGACCAUCACUGCCCUUGGGUGUCAAAUUGUAUUGGCAAGAAAAACAAAUGGGAAUUUUUCAUGUUUCUUGUGCUGGAAGUCGCUGCUAUGAUAAUUACUGGUCUAGUCACCCUUAUAAGGGUUGUCAAAGAUCCAAUGGCUCCAUCUUCUUUUGGAGCAUGGCUAAGUCAUGCUGGCACGCAUCAUGUUGGUGCCAUAUCAUUUCUGCUUGCUGAUUUCUUCCUCUUCUUUGGGGUGGCUGUCUUAACUGUGGUCCAAGCUUCUCAGAUAUCUCGUAAUAUAACGACAAAUGAAAUGGCUAAUGUAAUGCGUUACAGCUAUCUGAGAGGCCCAAGUGGUCGAUUUAGAAACCCUUUCGAUCAUGGGACUCGGAGAAAUUGUACAGAUUUCUUGUUUAACGGUUACAAUGAAGAUGUGGAGCGUGCUGAAGAUUCAGCUCAUGACGAAGAAAUCGGGAUGGUGCAGAUGGGAUGCAACCCAAAUAUGCAAAAUGGGUUGGUCCAUCCUCAUAAAACGAACGGCAAUGGCCACAUUGCUGUUGAUAUGAAUCCAAAGAAUUCAAAUACUGGGCAUGAUCAUUCCCAUUCUCAUUGUAGUCAUCAUAGUCAUGGAAGAACAAGUGGCGCUCCACUUGGAUUGGGUUUGGGUCUUGGAAGAGGCAGUUCCCGAUCUGUAACAGCAUCGUGACACUGAGCCACUUCAAAGCCUAUUAUUGUUUACAUGUGUAUAUGAUUGUAAACAUCACAGUGACUUUUUAUUGUUCACAGUUUAAAGAGUUCUAUCACAUCCUCAGUUCCCCUUUUUAUCAGGGUGCUGGUUGUUUUUUUUGUUUUCA